AUGGCGUCGCAAGUUAAUCGUCACGCCAAGAUCGGAUAUGUUUUUGGAUACGCGGCCGAUGUGUUGGGUUGUAAGCUCUACUUUCCCGAUGAUUGUACGCGAAAAUUUGUACCAGACAAUUGCGCAAAUGAGCACGUUCUUUAUCGCGACCGCCACACCACCACGGCUACACUCUCGGAAGCCAACAGCGAUGUAAAUGCAAGUAUCGAAGAGGGCGAUUAUGUUGCAGAAAUCGAAGCCACGGAUAGCAUUAUUGACGACGACGACAUCUUAACCGAUGCACAAGACGCGGGUAAACAAGACAGUGUUUGGACACGGCCGGUCGGUAAUCGUGGCACAGUUGACUCUGUCCAUCGAAAUGUGGAUGACUUUGGGGCUGGUGAUUCAGACUGUAGGAUCCGUAACAUGGCUGAAUUUGAUGGCGACUCGAUGGAAGAAGAUGACGCUGGCGUAAGUGGCCAAGUCGAGGAGGAUUUACAAGGUGGUAUGAGCUGUACCAGCUCAUACACCAGUUCAAUUAAUGGCAAACAAGGCUCGGUUGAGUACGAUGCAGAAUUGACACGAAAAUUGUUGGUAGCGCGGCAGAACUAG